AUGGGGAGUGGUGGUAAAUUGGCGGCGGCGGUGGUGGUGGUGGUUUUCGGAGUGUUGAUGCUGCUAUCAUUGGCGGCGACUCUAUCUUAUGCCAUAGACUGCAGCACCGUGACGUCGCUGGUGUCAGCCUGCGCGGCCUUCGUCACGUACGGUACACCGGACCCUUAUCCUGGAUCACCAUGCUGCGAUGCUAUGAAGAGCCUCAACAGUAUUGGGUAUUCUCUUGAAGAAAGGAAAUUGGUUUGCAGAUGCUUAAUGGGCCUCAUUACUACUUACAACCCUAAUGCCACUGCUGUAGCCACCUUGCCUGGUUUCUGUGGUGUCUUUCUUGGCUUCACCAUUGAUCCUAACACCGAUUGCAACUAGUCUCUCUCUCU